AUGUCACAGAAUGAUCUUGAACUGAAAUCCCAAGAUGAAGCUCCUCAAGGACAAAGUUUUGUAGAAGAGAAUCUUAAUAUAAACAUGUCUGAUUAAUAACAACCAAAUUCUCCAGAUUUGGAUAAGGGAUCUCCUGAUCAUGUUAAUCAAAACGUGUAGGAUAUUAAUGAUGAUUAAAAAGAUCUAAAUGGAGGCUAAAUCAAUCUGCAAUUAAAACUUAAGUCUGCUAGUGUUGAUAAUUACGGUCCCAUUUACGUGAGAAAAUAAUUUUUGGAGCACUAGGACAUUUAUGAUUUAGAACAAUUGUAGUGGAAGUAUGAUCCUCAUGAUAUUUUAUCUGUUAAUUUUAUGCGUAAGCAUGGAUACGCAAAUUUGUUUGCUUGGAUGACGGAAUAGGGAAUUCAAAUGAGUGAGACAGAUCCCCCUAGAUUAGAACCUGAUGCUUUUGAUCCAGAUUUCGUGUACUUUUUGAAACUGCCACAUCCUUAAGAAAUGAUAAUAAGUGAGGAAAAUGUUGCUGAGUAUGUCAGUGAUGGUGUUGUAAAUAUCAAUUACUUGAAGACAUUGUUGAAACAAAUGAAUGCUUAAUUCAUACCAUAAUUUAUUUAGGAUUCCUCUUGGCCUGAAAAUGUAAAAAAAGAGUUCUUGGCUUAAUUACACAAAUUCAUGGCAACACUCACAGAGUUUUCCUUCAGUCAAGAAGGCAUUACUGAGUUGUAUAUCCCAAAUGAAGACUUGAAUAAUAUUGAGUAGGCUUCUCAUGACAAAGACUUGUUGUAAAGAUUGGAGGCAAUCUUAUUACAUUGGUAGAGACAAAUCAAAGACAUUGUGAACAAUUAGGAAUUGGCUAUUGAGAAUGAGAAUGCAGGUCCACUUGAUGAGAUAGCUUAUUGGAGAUAAAGAAAAAAUAAUUUGUCACACAUUCAUGAAUAAUUGGAGAAGCCAGAGUUGAAAAGAAUCAUCCAAAUAUUGAGUGAUAGUCAAUAUGUCUAGAGUUUCAAGGAUGUUACUGAGAAUAUCAAAUUGGGAUCCAGUUAAGCAGAGGAUAACUUAGAAAAUCUAAAGAUUCUGUAUGAACCUUGCAAAUAGUUGGAGACAGCUACACCCAGGGAGAUCCCAGAAUUACUCCCUAAUUUGUUGUUCAGAGUGAGAUACAUAUGGGAGAAGUCUAAAUACUUUAAUACUCCGGAGAGGAUAUAAGGAUUGAUACAUAAAAUUUCUAAUGAGAUCAUUAAGAGAUGCAAGUCCAGUAUCAAUAUCAAUGACAUGUUGGAUGGUGAUGUGGAAUAAUGCAUUUAAGAUUUGAAUGAUUCAAUUGAGUGUGGGGAACAAUGGAAGAAGAUUUACUAAAGAAUGUCAGUUGCUAUUGAGAAGAUGUCAUCAUUGACUAAAGGACCUAAAUGGGAUUUCAACAAUUCUAUAUUUGCUUAAGUGGAUGCCUUCAUCUCUCGUUGCAAAGAGUUAUUGGAAAUAUGUGAAGGAUAAUUGCAAUUUGCCAGAAAAGGAGCAGGCAGUCACAUUCCACAAUUUGGGGGCAGCAAGGGUCAAGAGAUUGAAGAUAAUCUUGAAUAAAUAAAGGAUAGUUUUUCAAAACAUUUGAAACCCAUCAGAGACAUUCGUAAAACUGACAAGGAUAAGAUAUUAGAUGUGAAAGCUUCUAAGUGGCAUGAUGUCUUCAACGCAUUUCGUAAUGGAGUUAAGGAUUUGGAUGUUAUGUAUACCAAUAUUAUUAAUAAUGCCUUUGAGAGUAUGACAACAGUUCAAUAAGGAGUUGAGUUGUUAGAAGCAUUUGAUUAAUUGGCUAAAAGACUAUCGAUCAAGAGAGUUGUUCAAAAUAAGGCUAUAGUAGUCUUAGAAUUGUUCAUCUAGGAAAUUGAUGCAACCAAACAUGAAUUUGAUAAUAUUAAGAAACUAUAGUAUUACCCUUUACAACACGGCUCAUUUUCUGGAUAGGCAAUUUGGGUUAAUUCAUUGAGUCAUAGAAUCAUGAGAAUGAGAUAUUGGAUUGAUUAGAUGUACUUCAUUGAAGAUUCGAUUAAGAGGACAGCAAUUGAAAAAUUUGAAUAGUUAUCAUCGAAUCUGAAACAGUUCAUCAUAGAAUCCAGACUCAAGGAAUGGAAGGAAGACAGCAAAGAUCUUGAAGACAUAGUUUUGACUACUAGAUUAGACAAGCAGGUAUUAUUGAGAACAGAUGAGAAACAUCCAGAUUUUUAAUAUAAGAAGGAGUCUUUGAGACCUAAGAUUGGCCAUUUAGAAAGCAAUUUCGAUAGGCAACUAUUAAAAUUGUUGCAUGAGACUUCAUCUUGGUAGAAAUUGAUAGCUGUUGGUGUUGUUAUUCCAAGUUACGCUAAUGAUUUUACUUAGAAUCACAAGGAGAGUUUGAGAGUGCUCAGAGAGUUGGUGAUGUUAGUGGUCAGAGAAUACAACAACAUUAUUGACUAUAUGACUGAAACUGAGAAGAAAUUGUUUGCUCAACAUUUGGAGACUGUCAAUAAGGUAAUAUAACCAUUGGCAUCUCGUUUGAGAUGGAGUGCAAAGACAAUCAUUGAUAGUUAAGUUAGGGAUUGUCGGAGAGCUUGUUAAGAGAUGUUCUUGAAAUUGAAGAUGUUCAAGACCAAUAUGGACAAGAUAGAUGGUAAAUGCAAUGAGAUUGCCAAUAAAUUGUUGAUUAAGAUAGAUCGUAAGAAACAAUAUGAUCACAAAUCCUUCGAGGAGGAAUAAGAGAAACAUAGAAGAGAUAUGUAUUAGAAGUUGAAAUAAAUAUUUGAUGAAAUAAGGAAGAUAUUGUCUGAGACUUAUGAUCCAUUUCUGUUUGAUAGAGUUGAGGUCUAAACUGUUUGGUUGAAGUAGGUGAAGUCCAUAGAUUACAAGAUCAAGGAGAGUUAUGAGAAAGCAGUAAAGAAUUCAUUGAUUGAUUUGUAAAAAGUAAUUGGUUCAGAGGAUGGUAAGAUCACUCCAGUGCCCAUCUUCAAAUUAUCAGUGGAAUUGGAGAAUCAGUAACAAGAGUAUCGACCAUCUACAAACUAUUUGAAACAGAUGGUCUCUUAAACUUGUGAAUAUAUGAGAGAAAUCAUGAAAGAUUUUAAGAGCAUGGAUGAAGUCAUGAAGGAGGAGAGAAAGAAGAAAUUGGAUGAAGCAAUCUUAUUAAACUCUAAGGACUCCAAGAAUCCACAAGCAUAAAAUAUUAGGAGAAUGAGUGAAAUAUCUUAAGUGUAAUAAUUGGAGUAGGAGACUCAGAUAUCAAUAAGGAGUCUAGAUAACGAAUAGAAUAUCAAGAUCAAAAACGAUAGCGAUGGUUUGAUUCAGAAAAUCAAUAGUAAAUUGAGCAAGACUUGUGAUGCAUUGAAUUCAGUAGAUGCUCACGGCUAAUGGAAACGUUACGAUUGUUUAUUAAGGACAAUGAUCAACAGAAAUGAUCCAAUCACUAACAUCAAAACUCAAUUAGAAACCUUUGAUUUACAUUAAGGAGAAAUUCAGCAGUUGGAAACCACAAAAACCCAAGAUUGCAUCAUCUUGGAUAACACUUCAAUUAAAUCUACUUUGAUUGAUAUUAUGAUCUCUUGGUAGAAUGCCUUCUUGAAUGCCACUUAGGAUAAAGCAUUGCAAGAUUUGAAUUAAUUAUAUUCACUAUUCCAGACCUCAGAAACCAAUUUGGACAUUGUACCUUAAGAUUUGUAACAAUUGAAGAAGAGCAGUGACCUUUGGAAUAAGUUGAAUGAGGAUAGACCAUCCAUUGAGGCCAAAUUAGGACCAUUGGAAGAUAAGUUUAAGUUGUUGGAAGAUUAUUCAAUACAAUUAAAAGAUGAUGAUAUUACAAGAAAGAACAAUUUAAGAAACACUUGGGCCAAUUUCAAUGUGAUGUUGGAUAGAAUCUAAGAGAGAAAUCGUAAAGUGCACAACAAUUUGUACUUGGAGACUCAGAAGAACUUGGAUGAAUUCAUCAAAGAAACUGGAGAUUACAAGAUUGUGUUUUAGAGUAAUGCUCCAUAUCAAGCAACCAAUAUGCCUCAUGAAAAGGCAUUAUUGAAUUUGAAUGAAUAUUCUGAACAAGUUAAGCAAUAUCGUAAGAAAGAGGAAUCCAUGAAAUUUGGUUUCGAUUUGUUUAAAUUCAACUAUGUUCCAUCUCCAGAUUUGGAAUUCAUGGAGAAGGAGAUUGCACAAUUAUCAUACAUUUGGCGCACAAAGGAAGAAUGGGAUUAAUUCAUUAAGGAUAUUGGAAGCACAGCUUUCAGAGAUGUCAAUUGUGACAAUUUGGAUGAAAAUGGUGAUGAUUAUUUGAGGAAAUUGAAGGCCUUGCCAAGAGAAUAGCAGAAGUGGGAAAUUGUUAAUCAUAUGAAGCAAAUUAUUGAUUAAUUCAAAUAGACACUUCCUCUGAUCAUCAUGUUGAGAGAAUAAUACAUGAGAGACAGACAUUGGGAUAAAAUGAGAUAACAUCUAGGAACCAACAUUGAACCAGAUAGCAAAGACUUCAACAUGGCUGAAAUAUUCAAAUUGAAUCUAUUAUCCUAUGGUGAAGCUGUUAAGGAUGUGUGUGAAGUAGCUAAGGAAGAAUUCAAAAUUGAAAACGCUUUGGAUAAAAUUGAUUAGAGAUGGGCUAAACUUGAAUUGGAAAUGGACACUUUCAAGAAGACCUACAAAAUCAAGAAGACUGAAGAGAUCUUCACUAUUUUGGAAGAUCAUAUGGCUGUUUUGAGUGCUCAGAAGACAACUGCCUUCUAUGAUUCAUUCAAACCCACAAUUGAAAGAUGGGAGAAUUGCUUAUAACAAAUCUCAGAGACUUUGGAAAUGUUGUCCAUAGUUUAGAGACAAUGGAUUUAUUUGGAAGCCAUCUUUGCCACUCAAGAGAAGGAGUCUGAAAAACAAUUGAUGGGAGAUAUCAAUAAGUUUGCAGCAAUCAAUUCCUAAUUGUCAGGUCACAUGAAUCGUAUCUAUGAGGAUAAGAAUGUCAAGAGAUCACUGUCAUAUGAAGGUUUCUAUUAAGAAUUAUGUACAAUGAAUUAGAAAUUGGAUGAGAGUCAAAAGAUCUUGUAUUAAUUAUUGGAGAAAUAACGUAAGGAUUUCCCCAGAUUCUAUUUCUUGUCCAACGAUGACUUGUUUGAAUUAUUGGGAAACUCCAAAGACGUGUUCAAAGUCAAUAAGCACAUCAAGAAGUGUUUCGAAGGUAUCAAGAAAUUCGAUAUCCUCACCCAAUAAUACUAGACUGGAAGAGCCAAAUAAGAUGUCUAUGAAGUCUAAGCCAUGGUUGCCCCAGAUGGAGAAGUUGUUAAGUUCACCACCAAAGUCCUUUGUGAUUCUCAACUAGAGAAAUGGCUUGGUUAGGCUGAGAAGACCAUGAGAGAUGUACUCAAGAAGGAAUUGUUCUCCACAAUGUAGAGUAUAAAGAAGAAAGAAGGAAUGCGUUGGGUUGAUAAAUGGGUCAAGGAACAUCCUGGAUAAUUGUUAAUUACUGCCAGUCAAUUGACAUGGUCGGGUGAUUGUGCCAAUGUGUUAAAUUAGAUCUAUAAUUCUGAAAGACCAGAGAAGAAUAGAGGCUGGAAGGCUAUCAAGGAUGAGAAGUAAUCAUUCAUCUUGGAAUUGACCAAAUUGAUUCGUAAACCCAGUAACGAGGUCGAUAGAUUGAAAUUGGUUGCUUUAAUUACAAUUGAGGUGCACCAGAAGGAAAUCAUUGAUCAUCUCACAAAGAAUUGUCAAUCUCCGCAUUCUUUUGAAUGGUUGAAGUAAUUAAGAUUUACAGGUACAGCCGUCAAUGAUAUAUUUGAAUGUAAAGUUGAAUAGGCUAAUAGCAGUUUUGCUUAUGGUUAUGAAUAUUAAGGCAACAAUGGUAGAUUGGUUGUAACUGCUUUGACAGAUAGAUGUUACAUGACUUUGACAACAGCUAUGCAUUUGAAAAAAGGAGGUGCUCCUUAAGGACCUGCUGGUACUGGUAAAACAGAAACUGUUAAGGAUUUGGGUAAGAAUAUGGCUAAAUUUGUAUUGGUUUUCAAUUGUUCAGAAGGAUUGGAUUACAAGAGUAUCGGUAGAAUGUUCAGUGGAUUAGUGCAAGUAGGUGGUUGGGGUUGUUUCGAUGAAUUCAAUCGUAUUGAAGUGGAAGUGCUAUCAGUUGUUGCAUAACAAGUGAGUCAAAUAAUGAAUGCAUUGAAAGAAUACGAAAAGAAUAAGGAGAAGUCAUCUUUCCAAUUGGAUUCAGAUGUUAUACCCAUCAAUGAUCAAUUUGCCAUUUUCAUCACAAUGAAUCCUGGUUAUGCUGGUAGAUCAGAACUUCCAGACAACUUGAAGUCUCUGUUCAGACCAAUUUCUAUGAUGGUUCCUGAAAAUGAAAUCAUUUGUGAAAUCAUGCUUACAUCAGAAGGAUUCAAGACUGGACAUGCUCUCUCCACCAAGAUGGUUACACUUUAUAGAUUGAUGAUCCAACAAUUGUCUAAACAAGAUCAUUAUGAUUUUGGUCUAAGAGCCAUCAAGUCUGUUCUCAAUUGUGCUGGUUAAAUCAGAAGAGAUAAAUCAAAUGAAAUCCAGAAAGUCAAGUAAGAUGAGAAUGCCAGAGAAAAUCAGAAAGAAAGUGAGAUUGACGAAGCCAAUCAAGAGACAUAGAUUCUUAUGAGGGCCAUUAGAGACAUGAACAUUCCAAAAUUCGUUUCUGAAGAUGUGCCAUUGUUUAAUGCUCUUUUCAACGAUCUAUUUCCAAAUGUUGAUUUGUAAGAGUAAAUAAAUGAAACAUUGUUCAAUGAAAUUGAAACCCAGAUGAGAAAUCUCAAAUUACAAACAAGAGUAGAACACAUCAACAAAAUCAUCUAAUUGUAUGAUUCUAAGAAUACACGUCAUGGUAAUAUGCUUGUAGGUCAAUCUUUGGCAGGCAAGACUACAUGUUGGAAGGUAUUGAAGAAUUGUUUAAAUUCAUUGAAUGAAAGAGAACCCAACAAGUAUCCUAAGGUGAAGAUUGAAGUGUUGAAUCCAAAGGCUGUUACCAUCAAUGAAUUGUUUGGUUAUGUAAAUUCAACUAUGGAGUGGAAUGAUGGUGUGUUAUCAUCCAUGAUGGCUCGAUUAUGCAAAGAUGAAACUCCAGAUCAAAAAUGGAUGAUUCUGGAUGGACCAGUCGAUACACUUUGGAUUGAAUCUAUGAAUACAGUGUUAGAUGAUAAUAAAGUAUUGACCCUAUUGAAUGGUGAUAGAAUCUCAUUACCUCCAUAAAUGGGAUUGAUUUUUGAAGUGGAGAAUCUGGCAGUCGCCUCACCAGCCACAGUCUCAAGAGCAGGUAUGGUUUAUUUGGACAUAAAUGAUCUCGGAUGGAGACCCUAUAUUGAGAGUUGGGUUGAGAAAUUGACUGAUCCUUUGGUUUAAGAAACCAUCUUUGAAUUCAUAGAGAGAUGGAUUCCCAAACUCUUCAAACAGAGAAAGUGGUGCAAGGAAAUCAUUCCAUGCAGUGAAACCAAUGUCAUUAUCUCUUUCUGUAAUUUGAUGGAUUGUUUCUUCAAGAGUGAAAAGCAAUUGUCUAUGGACAUCCAAAACAAGAGUGAUGUCUAUUGGACCCUCCUUGAAAAGUGGUUUACAUUUGGAUUGGUGUGGAGCGUAGGAGCCACUGUAGAUGAAGAUGGUCGUCGUAUUAUUGACUAAUAGAUGCGUGAUAUUGAUUUGAUCUUCCCCAGUCAAAAUACAGUCUAUGAUUUCUUUGUAAACAGUGAUAAAAAUGAAUGGGCUUCAUGGGAUGAAAAGUUGGGUACUGGUCAAUGGAAACCUGAAAAUAAUAGUCCAUAUCACAAAAUGCUUGUACCUACAACUGAUCAAGUCAGAAACAAGAACAUCAUCACCAGAUUACUCAGUAACAAAAACGCUGUGUUGGCUGUAGGAUUGACAGGUACUGGAAAGACUGUGUUAUUAAAUGGAGUACUCCUUUAGAUGUUUGAAUACACUACUAUGAACAUUGUGUUUUCAGCACAGACUUCCUCAUAGAAGACUCAAGAUAUGAUUGAAAGUAAAUUGGUAAAGAGAUCUAAAAAUAAGAUGAUUCCUGAUGGCAAGAAAAUGAUCAUCUUUAUUGAUGAUCUCAAUAUGCCCAGAAAGGACAUUUAUGGAAGUUAACCUCCUCUUGAACUUAUUCGUCAAUGGAUGGAUUAUGAAGGAUGGUUUGAUCGUACUAACAGAGAGUUGUUCAAAUUCAUUUUAGAUAUUCAAUUCGUAUCAGCUAUGGGACCUCCAGGUGGUGGUAGAGCUGAAAUCUCAACCAGAAUUCAAAACAAAUUCCAUGUCAUCAAUUUUGUUGUGCUCUCAGAUCUCCAAGUCAAGAGAAUCUAUUAAUCCAUUUUGGCUUAUAAAUUUUAAGAAUUCGAAGAUGAAAUCAAAUUACUCAUUGAACCCAUUGCUUAAGCCACUUAUAACUUAUUCUAGAUGGUCACCAAUAACUUUUUGCCUACUCCUGCCAAAUCUCAUUAUGUCUUCAAUAUGAGAGACAUCUCCAAAGUCAUUCAAGGAGUCUACUAAUUAGACAGAUUGUAUUGUGAUAACAAAAUGACUGUACUUAGAUUGUGGGCACAUGAAUGUUUAAGAGUAUUCCAUGAUAGACUCAUUAGUGUUGAGGACAGAUAAUUAUGCAAAUAAUUGAUCAAUGAUCAACUGGUCUCAUGUCUCCAAACCACCAUCAAAGAAUGCACUAAUGAAAAUGAAGAUGACACAGUCUUUGCCAAUUUCAUGGAAGAGAGUGGAGGUAAAUACAUUGAAGUGACAUACAAUGACAGAGAGAAUUUGAAGAAAUUCUUAGAGGAGAAAUUAGUAUAAUUCAACACUGAUAAUAAAUCGAAGGCCAUGAACAUAGUUCUCUUUUAAGAGGCUGUCCAUUACAUUUGUAAGAUCAAUCGUAUCAUUAAUUUGGGUAAAGGACACGGAAUGCUUGUUGGAGAAGGUGGUGCUGGUAGACACUCACUCACAAAAUUAGCCACUCAUAUUGCAGAAUACAAGAGUUGGUAGAUUGAAGUCAGUAAGAAUUACAGAAUGAAAGAAUUCAGAGAAGACAUCAAAAAAUGGUGUGAAGAGGCAGGAUUUAAGGGAGUCUCUGGAACCUUCAUUUUUAGUGACAAUCAAAUUGCUAAUGAGGGAUUCAUUGAAGAUAUCAAUAACAUUCUCUCUGUGGGGGAGGUACCCAAUCUAUUCAGUCAAAAGGAAGAUUAUCCUUAGAUCAAAGACAGAGUCAGAAAGCAUUAUAGAGAAGAAAACAAAUUAGACAAGGAUGCUAAAAUCUAAGAGGAAGACCUCAUCGAAUAUUUCUUCACCAGAAUUCAAAAUAAUUUCCAUCUCAUGAUUUUGAUGAGUAAGACCGGAGAGAAUCUAAGAAAUUAUUGUCGUAUGUAUCCAGGUUUGGUCAAUAAUACCACUAUGAUUUGGUUUAUGCCAUGGCCAGAAUAGGCUUUGGUUGAAGUGGCCAACAGAUACUUGUUACAAUUAAAGUUGGACGAUGAAUUAACUGCUAACAUUGCUAAGUUCUUUGGAACUGCUCAUACCAAGGUACUCUCUUUGAGUAAUAGAAUGUUCCAAGAAUUAAAAAGAAUCUACUAUGUUACACCCACUAAUUAUAUUGAAUUGGUCAAAGGUUAUAAUGAUUUGUUGGAGAAGAAACAAAAUGAAAUUGGUGGUGAAGUUCGAAAACUCACUUUGGGAUUGUAGAAAUUAGAUGAUGCAGCAGCUAACAGUGAAGAAUUGUAAAAACAAUUAUCCAUUUAUCAAAUUGAAUUGGCAAAGAAGAGUAAGGAUUGUGAAGAGUUGAUGAUCAAAAUAGAGAGUGAAUCAAGAGAUGCAAAUGAGAAAUAAGUGGAAGUGGAAACCAGAUCUGCUCAAGUGGAAAAGGAAAAAGCUGAAGUAGAGACUCUGGCAGAAGAAGCAUAGAAGGAUUUAGAAAAAGCAGAACCUGCAUUGAGAGCAGCUGAAUAAGGAUUGGAAUAAUUAGAUAAAUAACAAUUGGCUGAAGUCAGAGCUUACAGUAAACCUCCUAAUGGUGUUGAUAAUGUCUUGUAGGCUGUCAUGAUUAUCAUGGGUAAAGAGGCAACUUGGGCAAGUGCCAAGAAGGAAAUGACUGCUCCUGAUUUCUUGUAACAAUUGAAGAAAGUCGAUAAAGAUCACAUCAUGAAUAAGACUCUAGUUAGAAUUGAGAAAAUCACAAGCGAUCCUGAUAUGCUUCCUUCCAAGAUUGAUGCCAUUUCAGUUGCUUCUGGUACUCUUUGGAGAUGGGUCUUGUCAUUGGAAAUGUAUGCCAAAGCAUUUAAGGACAUUGAACCCAAAAGAGCCAAAGUCAAGCAUUUGAGAGAGAAAUUGAAGAAGAGUGAAGAUGAAUUCCAAUAAUUGCAGGAGAACUUCUAGAUUUUGAAGUAGAGUAUUGAAAAAUUGAAGACAGAUUUGUAGAGAGCAAAGGAUGAUAUGGAAAUGUAUACCAGAGAAACUUCAGUGUUGGUUAAUAAAUUGGAAAGAGCAGAAAAGUUGAUAUCAGGAUUGGCAAGCACAAAAGAGGGUUGGGCUAUUAGAAGAAAGGAAUUGCAAGGAAAGCUUGAAGUCUUGGUUGGAGAUGCCUUAAUGACAGCUGCAUUCUUGAGUUAUGCAGGUCCAUUCCCAUCUGAAUAUAGACAACAAUUUGUUGCUGAAUAGUUAAUUGGAUAAGUCAGAUACUUAAAGAUCCCAUAUUCUAAAGAUUGGAAUUUCCCUGAUUUCCUUGUUAAGCCUGUUCAAUUUUUUAUAAUGGAGUCAAUAAGGAUUACCAGAUGA